ACACCCCACUUCGUCACCAAUUCGGUUCGUCACCUACCCCGUUCGUCACCAAAAACCCAUUUCGUCACCAACAAAAUUCCGUUGUCCACCUGCGUGCAAUCCGUUUCGUCACCACUAAGCAUUUAUUGCUUCUUUGUGUAAGAGGGGAACUAAAACGUAAAAUGGAAUAUGUGAGUUGCCUGCAUUGCCAUUUAAUCGUCGGUGAUAUCCCUCUACGUCAUUAUUUGUGCGUAUGCUUUGACCAAACACGCACCAAUCUGCUGGUGUCCAUCGUCCAGUAAUCCAAGUAUCACGUAUAUAUGAAAUGAAUAUGAAAGAGAGGAAGAGUAGGAAAAUAAGAAAAACAAAGUGACACACACACACACACACACACACACACACACACACAGAUGUAUGAGAGUGAUGGGGAGGGGAGGAAGACGGGAGGGCUGCUCUGAUCACGGGAAGGACAGGGGAUAGACCCAUACACACGGGUGAGCAGCCAUGACGAAAGUGCGAAAUUAUGCACACUGAAUACUGAAUCGGAAAAAAAGACAGAUUAGCUCAAAUGCUUCAAACGGUUACCUAUUUGUGGAUUCACGCCAGGGAAACGUUUUUGCUAUCGUUAAUUAACGUUUAUGGGGGAGGAAGGAGGAAUAUAUAUAUAUACACAGAGAGAGAGAGAGAGAGAGAGAGAGAGAGAGAGAGAGAGAGAGAGAGAGAAAUAUGGGAAAUGGAGGGAGGGAAAAUAACUGACACCUGAUAAGAUAAGGACGGGCCACGGUCAGUCAGUCUCUCUCUCUCUCUCUCUCUCUCUCUCUCUCUCUCUCUCUCUCUCUCUCUCUCUCUCUCUCAUUCUUUUUUUCUCAUUCUCUCUCUGCUGCCGGCCCGCGGCCAGUCCCUCCCUCCCUCUCAUUAUCUCUUUCUUUCUCUAUUCUUUCUUUCUCAGAGAGAGAGAGAGAGAGAGAGAGAGAGAGAGAGAGAGAGAGAGAGAGAGAGAGAGAGAGAGAGAGAGAGAGAGUUAGUGAAAUGAUAAUGUUAUGGCUGAAAGAAAGGCAUUAACCUGUGGUCCCGUGAAACUGCCGCCGAGAGAGGUUCCUAUUAAACUGACAAUGUGACAGUGAGACAGUCUUAUCCAUUAGCUCGAUGACUUGAUCGGAACCAUUGACGGUUUUCUCAACACCAAGUCAGACAUUCACCUCAGCAUGGCCUCCAGUAGUCACUCCUGUUCAGGUUGUGGGAAGGAAGUGCGACCACAGCAGCAUGCUCUACUGUGUGACAACUGUCACCAGUGGAGACACAGAGUGUGUGACACAAACAUGACUCAGGAGAUGUACAGGCGGAUUAACAAGGAAUUGAAGGAGGGCGGAUCUUUUGACUGGACGUGCCCUGAAUGCCCUAAGCCCCACCACUCCCCCAUCAGUAGUGCCUGUCAGUCUCCGCUCGACCACUCCUCCGUCAGUGGUGCCUGUCAGUCUACGCCCAACGCUGCUACGCCCCACCACUCCCCCAUCAGUAGUGACUGUUACUCUACGCCCCGCCACUCGAUGGAGGAUUCCUAUGAGUCUAUGACUAUAGUUGAUCUAAACAGUUCUUUUACGGUGGAUUUACCCAUCGAUCAAGUUAUCCCAGUGCAAGAAAUUUCCCUAGAAAAUGAACCACUGAUAGAAGAAAAUCUAACUGAUAAUCAACCAGUGACGUUUGAAAUUGUUCCCGGUGGUACAAAGCGCGGGAAGCCACGACUGCACGGUUCGGAUGGAUACACAUAUACAAUAAGAAAGGAAACUGAAUCUGUAACAUAUUGGACUUGUGCCAUUCGCCAAAAGAAUAACAAGUGUCCAGCAAGUGUGAUUCAAAGAGGUGCAAAUUUCAAGGCAGGGCAACACACCCACAGCCAUCCCCCUACACCUGGACUCCUUUCUGCAACAGCAGUAUCGGUAGCCGUGAAAAAUCGAUGUGCGCACGACAACUUUACAUCAGCUGCCCAAAUUGCAGAAGAGGAAUUAGCCUCAUAUAAAGAAGCCCACUCUAAUGCCCACCAGUUACCCAAACUAAUUAGCCUGGUAAAGCAAGGUAACCGGCAUCGUCAAUCUCAAAGACCUCACCACCCGUCUCACCUUGAGUUUGAACUAAUCGCUAACAGUUUGCCGCCAGAUUUCAUUCAAGCAGAUGUAAUUAUAGAAAAUGAUGCCAACCUCAUUAGCUCUCGCCAUAUUAUCAUGGCCACUGAGAAUCAACUUCACCUCUUGAGCAAUACCAAACAGUGGUAUAUUGAUGGUACAUUUAGAAUAGUCCGGCAACCAUUUUAUCAACUUUUGUCCAUACAUGCCUUCCUUAAGUCGGACGAACAUGCAAAGCAAGUGCCCCUCUUAUUUGUUUUGAUGAGUGGGAAAAAAGAGGAAGACUAUAGAAAAGUGUUUGAAGCCAUCAAUACGUUGCUGGAGGCAGACCCAGAGGUAGAAGAAGUCAUUAUGGAUUUUGAGGUAGCUAUGUGGAACGCUGUAAGGAAUGUAUAUCCCUCUGUUCAUUUACAUGGGUGCACUUUUCAUUGGGCUCAAGCCAUGUGGCGGAAAGUGCAACAAGUUGGCUUAGCGACUUCUUAUAUGGAGCGUGGUCCAGUAUACGAUUUUAUAAGCCAACUUUUUGCUCUUCCCUAUCUGCCAAAACGUCACAUUCGACCAGCCUUCGAAACGCUACAAGAAAGAUCACAGCUAUGCGAGCCUACAAGGGAACUCACUGACUAUCUAAGUCAAACUUGGCUUCAUAACACUGUCUGGUCAGUGGGCAACUGGUGUGUGUUCCGAAGAUUAGUGCGCACAAACAAUGAUGUCGAAGGCUGGCAUAGACGCAUUAACACACGCGCCAAUAAACACAACAUAUCUAUAUACCUCCUCAUUCCGCUUCUUCACAAAGAAGCAAUGAUGGUUAACUUGCAGUUGCAGUUAGUUGCUGAGCAAUCCUUGAAAUCCAGCACAAGAAAAGGAAACAAUAAGAAGCAGGUCCAUCUGUGGAAGUUGUGGGAUGCCUACGAAGAGAAAUCCAUCACCACAACUAAAUUUCUGAGAAGCUGUAAGCAGUUUAUUCCUGGUCCAACAUAAGAGCUGCACAUGUCCUCACUGCUGUAUUUUAACUUUUUCAAUGUUUUAAUGUUUUUAAUAUUUUAAUGUUUUUAUAGUUUUAAUGUUUUAAUGUUUUUAAUAUUUUAAUGUUUUUAAAAUAAAAAAAUAUAUUUUAAUGUUUUUAUAGUUUUAAUGUUUUAUUGUUUUUAAUAUUUUAAUGUUUUUACAAUAAAUAAAAUAUUUGGUGACGAAACGGGUGUAAAUGAAGGUGACGAAACGGGUUCAAAAAAUGGUGACGAAACAGUUUGGUGACGAAACGGGCAGCACCC